CUCACAGUGGAGUGACAGUACGCUACCACAAGAGUGUCAGCGUGGCGGGGAAGAACCAUCAGCUACCACAGUGUCAGUGUGACGGCCUCGUUUGUGAAUGGUGGGUGGAGGAGACGUGGUGGAGGCAGGAAGAGUAGUGUUGGCGGAGGCGCAAGAUGGGGAGCUGGGAACGCAGUAUGUCCACGCACCUGACAGUGGACCUUUCUCUCCCUCCUGUCGACGACCACAACACAGGAGACCAGUCAACCACCACCAGAACCGAUACUGAGCCGUGGGAUGAGAUCUCAAUAAGGAAGAUUAGCCCGGAGCAGGAACGACCCUCCAAAGACGAACAAACUGAUGACUAUCCCGCCUUCGUCCUGAAGCAUUUCUGCCGCAAGGAGUGUAUUAGGUUCAUGGGGACCAACAACGUGGAGAAGGACGGUCCGUGUUGCUGUGGCUUGAUGAUGACCAAACACCAGGCAACCCUCAUCCCUGCCAGUCAGGCGCCCUCACCUCAUGAGGGGUUCAGGUCCGUGACGCCGUCGCUGGACCUGGGGCCUGACCCCCAGGAGUCGACCUCAGAGGGUCCAGGGAGCUGCCCGGCCCACCUCACCUCCCUGCCCACCAACGCCUACGGCUCCCUCACCUUCCUCAACGAGAAGUCAGGAGCGAGGGAGCCAGCGCCGUACAUAAGGAUGGCGGCCGACACCCCCAUGAAGAGCGUGCUGACGCUGCUCUCCGACUACUGGAAGGUUCUGGACCCCAAGCCCGAGCUGGUCAUCUCCGUCGUCGGAGACGCCAGGAGCCUCCAGCUAGACGGCAGGAAGAAGGAGACCUUCACCUCAGGACUCAUAAAGGCAGUAAAGUCCACUGGGGCGGUGGUCAUGACUGGAGGACUUCACGCUGGCAUCAUGCGCUGUGUUGGUGAUGCUCUCAACAAGGCACAGCUCAUCGUCAAGAGAGAAGAGGGUGAGAGGCAGGGGGCCAGGUGCCUGGGGGUGGCCGCCUGGGGCCACACCGACCAGACACACAGUCUCAUCAACAAGGACAUCAACACCCCGGCCUGUGUCAGGUACAGGGUGAAGGAGAAGGUGGUCCUUGAGGCUCCUCUCUCCCUCAACAGAGACCACACUCACUUCCUCCUGGUCGACGACGGUCACAGGAACCGCUUUGAAGGCAUCGACGAUUUCAGGUCGUUGUUGGAGGGAGCGUUGUGUGAGGCGGAGGUGCCGGUGGUGGUUGUGGUGGCAGGCGGGGAGCUGAGGCACAUCAGGAGGUGCUUCAGGACGCUCGAGCAGGACAUACCCAUCGUUGUUGUCCGGGGCUCUGGCACCGUUGCUGACCUCCUUGCCUCUGCUGUCUCCUUGAAGCACUCCAACCUCAACAACAUCACCAUCUGGAGCAGACUCAAGCAGAGGCCCGUCAUCAAGGAGCUGAACUCUCAACAUAAAAAGGAGUGUGAGGAAUUGCUGCUAAAGUGCUGCGAGAACUUCGACUUGAUCACGGUCUUCGACAUCAACUCCACCGAGGGCAUGGACAAGUGUAUCCUGCAAGCACUUCUCAAGUACAAGGGCAAGUAGAGUACUCGUCUUCAAACCUUAUACAGUCAAAGAUAGUACUUGAAAAUACAUUAUUUAAAUUGA